CUUUGACUCAACACGAGGUUUAUUUUCAAAAAUUCAGUGAAAGACAGACAUAAAAAUGGAUGCUUCAAUAAUUAACGCUUUUAUAUACGAAUAUCUAUCAACAAAAGAUAAAAUAUUGGCAGAAACGGUCAAGACAAAGCUGAAAGCUGGCAAAUUACCAACUGGAACUCCAAAAUUACAAGAUGUAAUUCAAUUUUAUCAGAAAACAGCACCAAAAAAGCUUCCUACAAAAAUUACAGCUAAUGAAUCAAGUUCUGAAGAAGAUUCAGAGGAAGAGACUCCAGCAAAGAAAGCACCAGCAGCAAAUGGCAAAGCUGCUGCAAAUGGAAAUGGCAAGAAAAAGGAAUCAUCCAGUGAAGAAAGUUCUAGCGACGAAGAAACACCUGCAAAACCAGUAGUUAAGGCACAACCAGUAAAAGCAGUUCCAGCAAAGAAAGCAGAAUCAAGUGACGAUGACUCAAGCGAAGAGGAAACUCCACCAGCAAAAAAACCAGCAGUAGCAGCUAAAAAGCCAGUUGUAGUUGCAAAGAAAGCAGAAACAAGUUCAGAUGAUUCUAGUGAAGAAGAAGAAAAGCCUAAAGCAGCUGUUGUAGCCAAAAAACCAGUAGUAGCAGCAAAAAAGGCAGAAUCAAGCGAUGAUGAUGAUUCUAGUGAAGAAGAAACAAAGCCAGCAGUUAAACCUGUUGUUCAGAAACAAGCAGCACCUGCUAAAAAGGCCGAAUCAAGCUCUGAAGAAGAUUCUAGUGAGGAAGAAGUAGCAAAGCCAGCACCAAAAGUUGCUGCAAAGGCAGUUCCAGCAAAGCAAGUCGCUAAGAAACAAGAAUCUAGUUCAGAAGAAGAAGAUAGUGACGAGGAAAUGCCACCAGCUAAAAAACCAGUUGUUGCUGCUGCUAAAAAGGCAGUAGUAGCUGCAAAGAAAAAGGAAUCAAGCUCCGAAGAAGAAAGUGACGAGAGUGAGGAAGAAACUAAGCCAGCACCAAAAGGAAAGGCUGUAACACCAGCAAAGCCUGCUAAAAAGGAAUCAAGCGACGAUGAAGAAGAUAGUGACGAAGAAGAAAAGCCAGCACUUGUAAAAACACCAAAACAAAAUAAUAAACGCAAGGCUGAAGUUGUUGAAAACGAGGAAGAAGAAGAAGAACCAAUUGUCAAAAAGGCAGCAUACAGUAAUUUUGUAAAGACAGGCGAAGGCAAAUUUGAUAAUGAUAAGAGUGGAUUUGGUGGUAAACCAAAAUUCGAACGUAAUGAACGUGGUGGACGUGGAGCAGGUAGAGGUGCUCGUGGAAAUGAUAGACAAUCAUUUGGUGGAGAAAGACAAGCACGAGAUGGUGAUUGGGACUGUCCAAAAUGUAAAAUGAAUAACUUUGCAUUCAGAACUGAAUGUAAGAGAUGCAGUACAACAAAAGAUGGACAAGAAGGAACUGGAAAUGCAGGAACACCAAAGCAAGGAAAUGCAUUUGGAAAUAAGCCAGGCGAUUGGAUCUGUUCACAAUGUAGUAACGAUAAUUUUGCAUUCAGGACUGAAUGUAAACGUUGUAAUGCAGCUAAAGGAGAUUCAGAAGUUGUAGGAGGUGGACAAAAUGGAAGUAGCGGUGGUCGUGGUGGAUUUAGAGGGGGUCGUGGGGGAAAUCGAGGUGGUAAUAGUCGUGGUGGAAGUGGAGGUCGAGGUGCACGUGGUGGAUUUAACAAGUCAUUUGGAGGAUUUGAUAAUAAAUCAGCACCACCAGCAAACAAGAAGAUCACUUUUGAUUAAAUUUAAAACAGUUUUUUGACAAAGUUUCGUGAAUUAUAGUUUUUUUUUUUAUAUAUAUUUGCAAGAGUUGGUCAUUUUGUGAUGUCAAGUUUUGAUAUUUUUAAGGGCCCAACUUUUGUCUCAGCAUCUUUUCAUUGAAUUAAGUGUCUAGACCUGCAUCAAUAAUAAUUUUUUAAGGAUAUAAAAGUGUACAUUUUAUAUUAAAUGUUAAUACUGAUUAUAAAUUCUAUAUUCUCUUUUUUUUUUGAAAAAAAAAAUUCAAAUCAAAAUUAAACAAAUAAAGAAAAAUGCUCGUGGAUCGUGGGGUGAGAAGGCAAAUGAUAUAUUGAAGCAUACGCGUGGCAAGUCUUUCCGUCAUGAAAAGACCAAAAAGAAGAGAGGAAAUUAUAGUGGGGGAGCUAUCGAUUUUGGUGUUAAUUCUAUUAAAUUUACUGAUUAAGAAUUUAGUAUAAAGGAAACUACUAUUUAAUUAUGGAUGCGACGCAAAAGCUGAUAAGUGACAGUCAACAAAUAACCAUAAUCGAAUGGUUCAUGAUUAUCUUUAUUAGAACCUUUUUUUUUGUGGCGCAAAAACAUUUUAAUUUCGUUCUUCACAAUUUUUAUUUUAACUUCAAAUAACAGAAAAUAUUCAAGAAAAGCAUUUCAUUUUUAACUUUAAUACAGAAUAAUAAAAUUACAAAAAAGUGUAAGUCUCGUAAUCAUAGAAAAAUUUAUUAUAAGUAAGCAGUGAAUUUUUCAAUAUUAACACUACAUUAUAUUGCAUUAUACGAUUAAGGAACAUAUAAUAACUAUAAUAAAUAACGGAAAAUUUUGAAAAUCAA